UUACACUUUGGUUUGUUUCAUUAUAGAAUGCCUAAUACCAUCUGUCCAUUUCAGAUGGAUCCAGACCUGCAGGAGGCUUUCAAUGAUGUUCAGAGCUCCAUCUAUAGAACAGCCCUAAAACUAUGCUCAGUACAAAGUCUGUGCCAGUUGGAUCUGGUUGACUUGAUUCAGCACACCUUGCCAAGUAAGCAGAGCUAUAGGAAAAAGCUGAUUUCUCUGAAUGUGUGGCAGCUCUCUGAGAUGCUGAAGGAGCUAUUCCAAAGGGUGAGAUUAGAAAAACCAGGCCAGGUAGAUCCAAGAGCUGCUGAGUUCACGCUGAUCCUUCUAGCUGCCAUGUAUGACAGAUGUGGAACAGGUUACAUUAAAACUAGGUCUGCUGCAGCUGCCGUAAUUGCCCUUUCAGGAGACAGUCUACUUGCGAAAUACAGAGCUUUCUUUCAGUUUUAUGCUCUCCAUGAUGGAAAGAAGGCCUUGAUAACCCGUAGUGCCCCGAGAAGCCUACUAACAGACUUGAAUCAGAUCCCAGCCGUUGUUGGAGAAAGCUGUGCUCUGUCUUGUGUGGAAAUUGCUACUCACAGUUGUUUCCAUGGAGUUCUGAAUUCCGGAAUUGUUGAAGAAAAAUUCCUAUCUUGGCUGAGAUCAAAGCCUGCGCUUCUCCUGUGGCUCCCUACAUGCUACAGAUUAUCUGCCACAAAAAUGGUUUCUCACCAGGUUAGAUGUAGAGUUUGCAAGAAUUUCCCCAUUACAGGACUCAGGAGUGUCAGUAAUUACUAUAGUCUGUAUCGCUGUCUUAAGUGCCUGAAUUUUGACCUUUGCCAAGACUGCUUUUUCACUGGUUGUCUCAGCAAACCACAUAAGAGGUCACAUCCUGUUGUGGAACACUGUGUGCAGAUGUCAGCAAAGGCAAAUGCAAAGCUCUUUCUCCUCACUGUCAGGAACAACCUAUCUCAACAGCGCUGCAGAAGAAAGGAGGCUCAGAGAAGGAGGACUGUGGAGAUAACAGAGAAAAGGCACUUCCCAACUCAAAAAAACCCUCUCCCUCCUGCAGAGCUCAGUGCAUUACCACUGUCUGGCCCUGAAAACUGUCUUUUCCCAGUGGACAGACCUGUUCUGGAGUCACCCAAGGUCAUAUCUGAAAACAGAACUAUAAUGCAGCAGAAUGAGAGUAACAGCAAAACACCUGAGCAAGGCAAGACAACAGUUCAGGCAAUAGCCUCUUCUGAGUCAGAUGUGUUAAAAAUUCAUGAAUCUAUCAAAAGUAUUCAUGAUGAGACCAGGUACAUGAAGAAGCAAUUCAAAAAAUUAAAAGACAAAGUACACUUUCUUCACAACUGCCAGGAAGAUAAAAGCUGCAAAAUAGAAGCAAAGCUACAAAGCCUGAUAGCAAGCCAUGAAAACCUGCAAAUGAAGCUACAGCAAGUGAAGCAAGAAGUAAAAGUGAUGUUACAGUCAUCAGACCAUUCAUCAUUUCUACCGUGUCAAAAUACAAUGCCAAGAAAUGAGUGUGCCUUGCUGGAAAGAAGAAUGAAGGAUGAAUUAAAUCCUGCCCUAAUAAAGCCUAUUUCUAGAAAACAUGCAGACUGGAAAUCUUUGAAUGCCCCCAACUCAGCAAAUAAAAUGCAGGUUUUACAGGCACCAGAGACUAUUGCUGAAGCGAACUUUAUGUUCUCAGAAGAUCCACUGGAGCUAGUGUCCUUGCAGAGUGACGGACCUUUUGUGGGACAGUAUAAGAAAGCAAAAAAGAAUCAAAUACAUCUCUCCACAAUGACAGAAAACUCCCUCAAUGGAAUCAUGAGGAAUACAGCUCUUAUUCCCACAGCAGUACAGAUACCACAUCAUGAGAAGGAAGUCAGCGAGGAAGUAGAACUGCAGCAGAUAGUGAUGAAAUUGAAGGAUGCAUUGUCUCUCCAAGCCCAACCAGCUCAAGAGUCUGCUUUGGAGCAGGAGUUCUUCUCUACAGCUGAACAUGUUAGCAGAUCCUUCUCUGACCUCAUCAACCAAGUAACUUUGCCAGUUUGGAAGUGA